CGACUGCCGAAGAAGAAAGAUCCUGAAGAAAGAAGAUACAGAGGAAGACCAAGAAGGAAGUGGGAGGAAGAA